UACAGGUCAGUGGGCGGAGUCGUAUAGUAGCCCAGGGGUGGUUAGAUUGGAAUUAUGCCCGGCACGGGGAGGAGGGCACCCGGGAAGAGGCAAAGGGAAACUACAGCGGCCACUCACACAAGCAGCGCAGGGAGCACAGUGAGGAUGGGGAAGAUACGAUGGCAGCGAAGGAUUAAAUCAUGUCUGCUGUUGCUGCUGCUACAUAUAGUUACUGUACAAUCAGUACCGAUAGACCAGGACAAAACCAAAGUAAAGACAGAGCCAGCUGCAGAAGAAGAAAAUACUGAACCGGAAGACACUGGACUUUACUAUAAUCGAUAUCUCAGGGAAGUCGUUGAAGUCCUUGAAACAGAUACUCAUUUUAGAGAAAAACUCCAGGCAGCCAAUAUUGAAGACAUCAAAAGUGGGAAAAUCAGCAAAGAACUUGACUUAGUGAGUCACCAUAUCCGAUCCAAGCUGGAUGAGCUCAAAAGGCAAGAAAUAUCAAGACUACGAAUGCUUAUCAAGGCAAAGCUUGAUGCUUCUGAAGGCACAGGGGUUGAUCAUGUUGCACUUCUCAAACAGUUUGAUCAUCUUAAUCACCACAAUCCUCAUACAUUUGAACCUGCAGACUUAGAUAUGCUGAUCAAAGCUGCAACAAAAGAUUUGGAAAAUUAUGAUAAAGAGCGUCAUGAUGAAUUUAAACGUUAUGAAAUGUUAAAAGAGCACGAAAGGAGAGAAUAUCUGAAAUCAUUGAGUGAAGAAAAGAGAAAAAUGGAAGAAGCCAAAUUUGAGGAAAUGAAAAAAAAGCACAAAGAACAUCCGAAAAUUAACCACCCAGGAAGUAAAGACCAGCUGAAAGAAGUUUGGGAAGAGACUGACAGAUUAGAUCCAUCUGAUUUUGAUCCAAAAACAUUUUUUAAGUUGCACGAUACUAAUGAUGAUGGAUUUAUUGAUGAGCAAGAAUUAGAAGCUUUGUUUACAAAAGAGCUGGAGAAAAUGUAUGAUCCCAAAAAUGAGGAGGACGACAUGGUAGAAAUGGAGGAAGAGAGAUUACGGAUGAGAGAACACGUCAUGAGUGAGGUUGAUCUUGACAAGGACCGGUUGAUAAAUUUGUCUGAGUUUUUAAGAGCUACAGAAAAAAGAGACUUUUUGGAGCCAGAUGGCUGGGAGACUGUAGAUGAACAGCCGCCGUACACAGAGGAAGAGCUUCAGCAGUUUGAAAAACAGAUUUUCCAGCAAGAGAAGGAAUUACAAGAGAGAGCGGAAGAGCUUUAUAAACAAAGGGAUGAACUACAGAAACAGCACGAACAUAUCCAGGCUCAGAAACAAGAGCUUCAGCAGGUCGUACAACAAAUGGAACAGAAGAAAAUGCAGCAAUCAGUAUCUCAGUCAGUACCAGAUGCAUCUAUAAACAUCCAGCUAACUGGAGACCAGGCAGCUCAUGUAGGAAAUACCCAGCCUUUACCCCCUGGACAUUUGCCAGACUCAGCAGUGCAACAGAGUCAUCAAGGUUCAUAACCGUUGUGUCCUGUAGUGUUUUGUUUUGCUUGUUUUUGUUUUUUUUAACUCCUCAAAACCCGAAGUUAUUGAAAGGGAAGAAGAAAAAUCCUUAGUACACAUUCUGGUUACUAGUCAAGGACUUUAUUUUUAUUUGAACUUGAAUAUCAACCCAUUAAAAACCCAUUUUGAAAACAAACAAAAAAUUAAAAGACUUAGAAAUCAAACAGGCUGCUGAAAACCCCCUGAUCUCUUCCUGCAUUACUGAAAUUCCCCAUAGACCUGAGACUUGUCUGCUGUAAUUUAUAUACGGUAAUUUAGUUCAAAAGAUGAUGUUUUUGGAUUUUACGUACUUUUCUGGGGCCAAAUAAACAGUGAAUUUAUUUUCAAAAAGGAAAUUCUGAAAAAGUAUCAGACUCUUGUUAUUUUUGCACUGUAGAAGUUAAUGGGAUUUAUUGUUUUGUUUUUAUCUGCAGUAAAUGAUCAUGUUUUAUGUAAAUAAAUAUUAAAAUGUGUUACUUCCUUUA